AUGAUUGUGGAACCAUCAGCUGAUCCUGAUCCAGACUGUGGCUUCCUAUGCAAUAAGUCCACAGCUCUUGAAGGACAAGGACCACCUAUGUUGGUCGAUGCCUGGCUGGUCCCCACUUUCUUUGGCCUCAUCAUGCUAGUUGGUCUGGUCGGGAACUCGCUGGUCAUCCAUGUGAUCACCAAGCACCAGCAGAUGAAGACCGUCACCAACUUUUACAUCGGUACUACAUUUCUUAAGUUGAGUAUUAUAUAUUUUUUUGUGUGAGAACUUGCGUGAGCCACACAGAUUACUCACAUUCAAACACUUCUGUUCUUGUUUUUUUAUCCAUCUAGUUAUAAAUCACCUCAUCAUGUGUUGAACUAUUUCUCUUUGUUUAAGAAUCGCUGUCUUGUUCUGUCUUUCAGUGAACUUGGCCACGACUGAUAUCUUGUUUUUGGUCUGCUGUGUCCCCUUCACUGCCACUCUGUACCCUCUGCCCAGCUGGAUCUUUGGGGAGUUUAUGUGCCGAGUGGUGAACUACCUUCAGCAGGUAAUACUCACUCACACAUGAAGAGCUUUAAACUAAAACAGGAGAUGGAUCUUUAAAUAUUUGGUCACUGAGACGAUAAAAGCACUGUAGCAGUGACCAUCUAUAAUUUUCAGUAACAAUGUUUACAAAGUCCCUGCUUUCACUGUACUUUCUGCAGUACAGCAGGUAACAUUCUUUGCAGAAUAGAAUGACAGCCCUUCACAAAUGCUUUUAACUGUUUGUUUAAAAGUGACAUUUUUUUUCCUCUCUGACACCAUGAUCCACUCUAAACACACGGACUGGUCACAGAACUACCUCUGCUUCAUGCUGGUUCUCUUUGUCCUGUCUUUGUCUUGUCUCUCUUUUGAAAUUAUGUUGUCAGUAAAAGUUUCAGGCUUUUUUGUGCCCUCUACACACUAUGCAGGGCUGUACAAUGUUCUUCAAGCUCUCUGAAGAUGGAUUCUGACAAAGUAGCAUCCAAAUCUAAAACAAACAUUGACACAGACCUCUCUGAAAGUGAAAUUAACAAUAAACUGAAAAUGGAAUAGAUGUAAACCCAUCCUAAAAAUAUACCACAGAAACCUAAUGAGAAUGUGUGAUCAGAGUCACACAUUUCAUCUGCUCCUUUAUUUCAGAGACUUCAGAUUUGAAGUAUUUAUGACAUUGAAAGUUUUCAAAAAUGUGUUUUUCUUUAUAAGAUAUUCUCAAAUUAACGAAAUAUUCCAGGACAAUUCAAGACUUAUUUCAAUGAAAAUUCAAAGGUUCAUUCACGCCGAUCUGCAUAUCUUCAUCUCCCUAAACUCCUCACCACCAGAGGUCAAUUCACAAUUAGAUUUAGAGGGACUAAGUUAUUGAACAGUUUCUCCCAUUUAGCAAAAAAAAUGUUCUUCUGUGAAAUAUUUAAAAAACAUUUAACUGCUGCUUUGUAAUGUAUUGUUUAUGUAGGUAUUUGUCUUACUGUUCAUUGAUAAUUAUAUAUUUUAAUACUUAUUAUUCUCAUUAUUAUCGUUCAUGAGUUACCAAUGGACACAUGUAGACGCACACAUACCCACAAACACACACAUGCUUAUAUUUUCUGUUUUUUUUCUCUAUAUUAAUGUUGUCAGUCAUUAUUAUUUUUAUUAUUUUUUUCAUGUUAUCUUGUGCUUUUGUACAUUAAAUUGUAAUAUCAAUAUUAGGCUUUUGUAGGUGGAGGCUUCAAAUAAGCCCAUCGUGGCUUUUUGCCUCUCCCUGCACUGUUUCAUUAUUAACCAUCAUGUUUUAUGUUGUAUUCUUUUAAAUUGUAAAAAAAAAAAAAAAAGAAUAAAAAAGAAAGAAAGGACAUAAUAGUCAAAAAGUGUCAGUCAGAGACAUUUGUGUGUUUGUGUUUCAGGUGACAGCUCAGGCGACAUGUAUCACUCUGUCAGCCAUGAGUGUGGACCGCUGCUAUGUGACCCUCUAUCCCCUGCAGUCACUGCAACACAGAACCCCCCGUAUGGCUCUGACCAUCUCUGUGUCUAUCUGGAUAGGUAUGACACAGAAGCGCACACACACACACACACACACACACACACACACACACACACACACACACACACACACACACACACACACACACACACACACACACACACACACACAAACUUUGUCAAAGAGAAAACAUGAACAGCAAAUUGCUGCUGUUUACUUUUUCAAUAUUGUGGCCUUACUAAAGUGGUUGCCCUUAAUAAUAUUGUUAAUGUGAUAAAAAGUUCUGACUGUUUUUUAAACCUUUCUUCAAAAAGAAGUUCUGUUGGGGGUUUACAAGCUCCUUCUGAGUCCUCUGAGUCCCACACUCAUGAUUCCUGUCCUCUUCAGGCUCCUUGCUGCUGUCCAUCCCUGUAGCCGUGUACCAGCGUCUGGAGGAAGGAUAUUGGUUUGGUCCUCAGACAUACUGCAGCGAAGUCUUCCCCUCUGCCCGCCUCCAGAGAGCCUUCAUCAUCUACAACUUCCUCGCCGUCUACCUGCUGCCUCUGCUCACCAUCACCGCCUGCUAUUCCUUCAUGCUGAAACGCAUGGGGCAGCCCAGCAUAAAUCCCAUCGACAGCGGCUACCAGGUUAGAGGGAAAGAGAGUUACAGUCACCAUUAUUCACGGAUUACAGAUAUAAAAGAGUUUACAAAGUCUGCAUGGCUUCAGCUUCAGGCUCAGGCAGAGCGUGCUGCAGCUGUGCGGGCAAAGGUCUCCAGGAUGGUGGUGGUGAUGGUGGUCCUGUUCCUCAUCUGCUGGGGGCCAAUCCAGAUCUGCAUCCUCCUUCAGGCAUUUGGCCUCCGCAGCUAUGCCCUUUACAAGGUUAGUCACUGUCCUGUUGUUUGAUUUGAUGGGCUGCACUGUGCAUGAAAUAGGGAGGUAGUAAAAAUCUUACAUAUUACAUACUUUGAUUCACACUGUCAAUCUUAAUUCUUUGUUAUACUUGAGAAUGUUCAUCAGACCAGCCUUUUGAAAUCAAGAAUUCACUGUCCCAAAAUAUUAUAAUUUUACAAAACACUAAUUUAAAAAAAGAUUUAUAAUGCAGGACUGUCAACCUCAUGGAAAAGAACAUUAAUUUAUGCUCUCAGUACUUGGUUGGGACUCCUUUUGCACAAAUUACUGCAUCAUGGUGAUGUAAUAUUGAAGCAGUUGGUGUAUCUCUGUUGGGGUAUUGUGAAUCCCGGGUCUCUGUGAUUGCUCCUUCAGCUCAUCUGUAUUGCUGCUCUGUUGUCUCUCAUCUUUGUCUUGAGAUCACCCCACAGAGGAUCUGUGGGGUUCAGGUCGGGCCAGUUGGUUGGCCAAUCAAGCACAGUAAUCCCACAGUCAGCAAACCACUUUCUGGUAGUCUUGGUGCUGUGGGCAGGUGCCAAGUCCUGCUGGAGAAGGUAAUCUGUAUCUCCACAAAGCUCAGCAGAUGGAAGCAUGAAGAACUGUAAAAUUUCCAGGUAGACUCUGGGCUUGAUAAAACACAGUAGACCAACACCAGCAGAUGACAUGGCACCCCAAAUCAUCACAGACUGUGGACUUCGAACACCUUGGAUUAUGGGCCUCUCCAAUCUUACUCCGGAAUCCGAGACCUUGAUUUCCAAAUGAGAUGCAAAAUGUACUUUUAUCUGCUAACAGGACUUUAGACCACUGAGCUACAGUCCAGAUCUUGGACACUGAAUAUUGCUAAUGUUCUAAUCUUGACCCUGCCUUUACUUCUGCAGCUGAAGAUCUGGGGUCACUGCAUGUCUUACUCCAACUCCUCUGUAAACCCGCUGGUUUAUGCCUUUAUGGGAAACAACUUCAGAAAAGCAUUCAAACAUGCUUUCCCUGCUGCAUCUCUCUGGCAAGUAAAAGGUAGAGUGAGGGUGGGAAACAUGGACACAGAGGACGGUGGGCGGACGGAUCACCACCAGGCACCCAAAGGGGAAGCAGAAAUGCACUUUCUUUCAUCUGAGUCCUAA